CCUCCACCCACUCACCUCUCCAUCUUUCCUUCUCCCACCCCCUCCUUCAACCUUCCCCCCCCUUCCCCCCACUCCUCUUGGAUUGCUUUGAUACUCCCUUCCGAUUGUUGUCAUUUUCUUUCAACCUGGAUUCCUGCCCAUCUAUUCCCAGGAUCCAUCAUGUCUUCGUUGCCCCUGGAGCCGCCUACGUAUCUCAGCUCGUUGCAGAACAACAUCCGAGCUCGCCCUAUCCCUUGGGAGGGAGCUGUUCGAGCUGGCAACAUCACUGAUGAACACCUCAAGAAGAUCAAGGCAGUUGAUAAGGUUCGCAAAGAGCAACGGCGUCAAACGGUUGAGGGCGAUCUCGCUGGGUAUGUUAGUCUGCUGGCAGGCGGGCCCGAGAGCAAGAGUGUGCUGGACUCCGCCGCCAGACGAACCGACAUCGUGCAAUGCAUCCUCGUGCUGGCCGCGGACUUGAUCAACGAUGUUCCCUCCCUCGCAACAGCUCUGGUUGCCCACCCCAAUCCUUACAAGUCAUUCCUUCCCCUCUUGCGUCAUUCGACCAACGCUGAAGACCCGAUUCCUCUCCUCACUUCCACCUUCUUGACAAACCUGGUAUCGGUCAGCCUGUUUUCCUCUUCGAAGCCAGCGCCGCGGGAUGAUGAGGCGCUUCCGCAGUUGUACACCUACCUCUCCACUCUGACCCAGAACCAAGACAGCGGGCUGCAGGAUAUCGGGGUCCAAGAGCUGUCCGCACUUCUUCGCACUGCUAGAGCGCGUGAACUUUUCUGGCAGCAACGGAAACAGACUGUCGAUCCUCUGAUCGAGAUUCUGCGAGCCGCAACAGGCUCUAAAGACAGCAGUUCAAGCACCCUGGCGGGCAGUGCGCGCGGGAUCGAGCCUGGUAUUGCAGGUGGCAUCGGCCUCCAACUCCUCUACAGAGUCUUGCUGGUGCUAUGGCAGCUGAGUUUUGAGGGUAGUUUGGUCGGGGAAGAUCUGCAGAAUGACUACGAAUUCGUUCAGCUCUACACAAACCUCCUCCGCUUGUCUCCGAAAGAGAAAACGACCCGUCUACUCCUCGCCACGCUCAAUAAUCUCUUGUCCAGUAACCGCACGACUCUUCUUCCAGUGGCUGUCUUUGUUCGCCUGCCCGCGCUGCUGACGAAUCUCUCGGGUCGCCACUUGACCGAUGAAGACUUGCUGGAGGACCUUCAGGCUUUGAAGGAGCUCCUGGAUGAAUACACAAAGACGCAAACGACGUUUGAUCAGUACGCGGCUGAACUGCAGUCGGGCCACCUGCGGUGGUCGCCCCCGCACCGGAACCCCACGUUCUGGAAGGAUAACGCACGGCGCAUCUUGGACGACAACAAUGGCGCAUUGCCCAAGAAGCUCGCAGAGAUUCUGUCUAAGAACUGGGACAACGAUAAGCAGGUGCUGGCGAUCGGAUGUAAUGAUGUGGGUCAUCUGGUCAAAGAGCUUCCCGAACGGCGGGCACAGCUGGAGAAAUUGGGCUUGAAGACGCGGGUGAUGGAAUUGAUGGCAGACAAGGACGAAGCCGUCAGGUGGGAGAGCUUGCGAGCUGUUGGAGAGUGGCUGCGUUAUACCUUUGACGACUAAUGGGGGACGAAGCCCGUUCCAACUUCGAGCUAUCCUUGCUCUGGUUUGUCACGUCGCUAUCGUCUGUAUGUAUUUGGGGUCUAGACGAGCCAUGCUGGGGCUACAUUUGUAUGAAUUAUUUGUAAAUGUUGCACUGUAUUUUUCAGCGUAAUUCGUCUGCUUCAAGUUGAAUUUGAUAUGCGUUCCUAUGUGAUGUUUCAU